CAAAACUUGCGGUUCAUCGUGCCCAUACCCGCCUUUUGGGCCGUCCAAGAUUCUUGAAUCCAUUUAUCAAUCCAACACUUCGCAGAUAUUCCACCAAAUCAUCAGCUGAAAACGACUGAAUCAAAAUGGCAAAUUCAAUCCUCAAAUCCCACGUAUUCCGCAAGAACCCUGGAGAAAUAUGCCUAUGGCCGAAACACAUUCUCCUAAAUAAUGCUACUUUAUGCAGUAGUAGACGAUUCUCCAUCCUACCUCUUCUUCUACAUAAUAAUCUUCGUCUUCGUUCUUCUUCUGUUCCGAUUUGCCGGAGUCUUCUUCUUCAUCGCGCUCCUUGUGUUCCUCUGCAGCGACGUCGUUUAACUCCUCACUUCGUUUCUAUGUCCUCCGUAAACUCGUCACAGGAUACUGGUGCCACCCCCGCUAAAACUGUGAGGGUGGUGAUAAAGGGGAGGGUGCAGGGAGUGUUCUAUAGGAAUUGGACAGUUGACAAUGCCACAGAGUUGGGAUUAAAGGGUUGGGUUCGGAACAAGAGGGAUGGUUCGGUUGAGGCUUUAUUUUCCGGUUGUCCAGAGAAGGUUCAGGAAAUGGAGCAGCGAUGCCGGAGGGGUCCUCCAGAUGCAGUGGUCACUGGUCUUGAGGUCUUCCCCAGCACUGACGAUCCCGGCACUAAAUUUGAACGCAAAACAACUGUUUGAUCAAAUGAUUUACUCAUUGAACAGUAAUGCUACUACUAUUGAUUUCUAACACCCGAUUUUCUUCGGUAUGUGAUAUGAAGUAUGAACAAUUUAUUGUGUGUGUGUCUAUAUAUAUAUGCUUAGUUUGCUGACA